UUCGUGAAAAAAAUAAACAGCCACGAACAAAAGAAUGGACAACACAUCUGGAAACCCUCAAUUAACGUCAUCUGGAAAAAAGAAUGCAAACGCACACUAAUAAUCCACUCCCACGCCAUUAUUAUCAGUUAAUCACCUUCUUCUUCUCUCUCCUCUAAAUUUCCCCUAUUUAAUUUAUCCAAAAACCCUUAUAAUCGUCUUCAACCUUCAAAUUGGAUCAUCAAAAUCAAUCAACAAUGACGUGCAUAAAGAGUGUGAACAGAUCGGCGUCAGUGGCGAUGUCACCAGAUUCACCAUACUUUGCAGCGGGAACUAUGGCGGGUGCUGUCGAUCUAUCAUUUAGCACUUCUGCAGAACUCGAAAUUUACAAGCUUGAUUUUCAGUCAGAUGAUCAAGAUAUUCCUUUGAUUGCUCAAUGUACUAGCUCCGAAAGAUUCAAUCGUCUAUCUUGGGGGAAACACAGAUCCGAUUCAGAGGACUUUUCCAUGGGUUUGAUUGCUGGUGGUCUCAUUGAUGGAACUAUUGGACUUUGGAAUCCUUUGCCUUUGAUUCGUUCUGAGACGAAUGGUAAUGCUUUUGUUAAACAGUUGGCACAACAUAAAGGGCCUGUUCGUGGUUUGGAAUUUAAUCCUUUAGCACCUAAUUUGCUUGCUUCGGGAGCUGACGAUGGGGAAAUCUGCAUAUGGGAUAUGGCAUCUUUAGCGGAGUCUACCAAUUUUCUUCAUCUUCGGGGUAGUGGUGCAGCUGCCCAAGGCGAAAUUUCGUAUUUAUCUUGGAAUCGGAUGGUCCAACAUGUCUUUGCUUCCACUUCAUACAACGGGUUAACUACUGUUUGGGAUCUAAGGAAGCAGAAGUCAGUUAUCAGUUUUUAUUCAGAUUCAAACAGAAGGCGUUGCUCUGUUUUGCAGUGGCAUCCUGAUGUAGCAACUCGGCUUGUUGUUGCAUCAGAUGAUGAUAGUUCACCUUCUCUUAAGCUGUGGGAUAUGAGGAAUACUAUGUCACCUGUGAGGGAAUUUGCAGGGCAUUCAAAAGGUGUAAUUUCAAUGGCGUGGUGCCCUAGUGAAAGCUCCUACUUACUUACUUGUGCCAAAGAUAACCGUACAAUUUGCUGGGAUAUUAAUUCUGGAGAGAUAGUCUGUGAGUUGCCUACUGGAACUAACUGGAAUUUUGACGUACAUUGGUAUCCGAAAAUACCUGGGGUUAUAUCUGCGUCAUCGUUUGAUGGAAAAAUUUGCUUCUACAAUAUGGAGGCUUGCAGCCGUUAUGGGGUUGCAGAAACUGAUUUUGGUGCAGCACCUUUGAAAGCUCCAAAAUGGUAUAAUCGACCAGUGGGUGUUUCUUUUGGUUUUGGUGGAAAGCUUGUUUCAUUUCUUUCAAAAGCGGCCUCUGCUGGUGGUACCGCCGGAACAUCAGAGGUUUUUAUCCAUAGUGUGGUAACAGAAGACAGUUUGGUGAGUCGUUCAUCUGAAUUUGAAGCUGCCAUCCAAAAUGGAGAAAGAUCAUCUCUUAAAGUUUUAUGUGAAAGGAAAUCACAAGAAUCUGAAUCUGAAGAUGAUAGAGAAACUUGGGGCUUCUUGAAAGUUAUGUUUGAAGAUGAGGGAACAGCAAGGUCAAAGCUUUUAGCACAUCUAGGUUUCAGUAUGCCAGGAGAAGUGAAUGAAACUGUUCAAGAAGAUUUAUCUAAGCAAGUUAAUGCCCUUGGGCUUGAAGACCAUGAAGUAGAGAAAGCAACCUCUGUAACUGAUCAGCAAGCUACUCCCAAAUUUUUUGACAAUGGAGAAGACUUUUUUAAUAACCUUCCUAGUCCUAAAGCUGAAACUCCUGUAUCAAGUGCGAGCAACAACUUUGUUGGAGAUGCUGUUCCAAAUGAGGAACUGAAACAAACAGAAGAUGAUGUUCUUGAAGAGAGUGCUGAUCCAGCGUUUGAUGAUGCAGUUCAGCGUGCUUUGAUAGUUGGAAACUACAAGGAGGCGGUCGCAUUAUGCAUAUCGGCUAAUAAAAUGGCUGAUGCUCUUGUGAUUGCUCAUGUCGGUGGUGCUUCUUUGUGGGAAUCUACUCGUGAUCAAUAUCUGAAGACAAGUCGUUCGCCGUAUCUCAAGAUUGUUUCUGCAAUGGUGAGUCAUGACCUCAUGAACCUUGUGAACACUAGAUCUUUGAAGUCGUGGAAAGAGACUUUAGCUCUUCUUUGCACUUUUGCACAAGGAGAGGAGUGGACUCGGCUUUGUGAUGAGCUUGCAUCAAAACUCUUGGCUGCUGGAAACACGCUGGCUGCUACACUUUCUUAUAUUUGUGCUGGUAAUAUUGAGAAAACUGUGGAGAUAUGGUCGCAUUGUCUAUCUGCAGAAGCUGAGGAAAAACCAUAUGUUAAUCGUCUACAAGAUUUGAUGGAGAAGACUAUAGUUUUUGCCUUAGCCACUGGACAGAAACGAUUUAGUUCAUUCUUGUGCAAGCUGAUUGAAAAAUAUGCUGAAAUUUUGGCCAGCCAAGGGCAGUUGUCCACGGCAUUGGAAUUUCUAAAGCUUUUGGGGGAGGAUAUAUCUGCUGAGCUUGUCAUCUUAAGAGACCGCAUUGCAGUUUCUUCCCAGCCAGAGACAGAAGCUGAAAAAACAAUUUCUUAUGAGAAUAUACAAGCACCAUCAGGAUCUUUAUACGGUGCUGAAUCUGGAAGUUAUGGUGACAAUUCGCAAUCAUAUUACUCUGGUUCUGGAACAGCUCAUUUCCAGUCAGUUCCUGGUUCUGGUCAUUAUGGUGGCAAUUAUGCACAGCCUCAUCCCUAUCAAGGAUAUGCAGCUCCCACACCUUAUCAGCCAACGCCACCUACCAACCAGUUAUUUGUUCCACCUCAAUCACAACAGAUUCCCCAGCGGAACUUUACUCCUCCACCUGUCAGUUCUCAGCCUCCUUCAAGUACAUUUGUCCCAGCUCCUGCACCAGUUUUGAGAAAUGCUGAGCAAUAUCACCAACCUACAUUGGGCUCUCAGCUUUAUCCAGGAUCUACUAACUCGAGUUUUCAAUCUGGGCCACCUGGACCUGGUUCACUUGGCUCUAUAUCAUCUCAACCAGGAGUUAUCCCUGGUCAAAGGAUGCCCCAAGUUGUGGCGCUUACACCAACCCGUGGGUUUAUGCCACUGAGCAGUCCUGGUACUGUUGCUCAAAGACCUGGGAUGGUCUCGACGCAACCAACAAGUCCCACUCAGCCUGCGUCAGCACAGCCAGCUGUUGUACCUCAAGCUACCCCAGCAACUGUCCAGACUGCUAAUACUUCGAGUGUGCCAGCGCACCUCAAGCCUGUUGUAGCAACAUUGACAAGGCUGUAUAAUGAGACUUCAGAAGCACUUGGUGGUGCUCGUGCAAAUGCUCUCAAGAAGAAAGAAAUAGAUGAUAAUUCGAGGAAGCUGGGUGCUUUGUUCACAAACCUUAACACUGGAAACAUAUCUAAGAAUGCUGCUGAAAAGCUUGUACAACUCUGUCAAGCUGUAGAUAAUGGCGACUACAGCACGGCCUUGCAGAUUCAGGCACUCCUUACUGCAAACGAAUGGGACGAGUGCGGCUCCUGGCUCAUAAACGUAAAGAGAAUGAUAAAGUUGAGGCAGAAUCUCGUCAUUUGAUAUCUAACAUUGUCGGACUGUGUGAUUAUCACAUUCAUGUACACAAGUACUUGCACUCCAUAAAUGGAUAUAAGAGCCCUUUUUGUUUUAUCUUUUUAAUUUUAUUAUAGGUCUUAAAACUGAGAUUGUCAUGCUUUUUGUUCGAGGCAGGUAGAAAGGUAGAUAUCAGGAUCAGUACACUUCUCCAGAUUGUUUUUGCCUAUCAUAAACUUUUGUAGCAUUAGGUUCUGUUUUAUCUAUAUAUUGUAUUAUUUAUUUUCUUUUCCCUCUUGGGUAUGACAUACAAUUGAUAAUUUUUGACA